GGAUGAAGAGCACCGACAGGAACGUCAACACCGCCCCCAAGACGCCCAAAACACCGCCCCGUCUCACUUCUCCACCUGCACACACCAACAGAGGCAGUUAAACCACCCUUCACCUCCAGCUAAUCACGGGCUGUUUGUGAAAGCAGAAGCUCCUGCGCCGUGCAGGUGGAUGUCGGCCUGUCGGCCCGCGGCCCCCGUUUGCCAUGGCAGCGGCUCUGCCGGAGUGUUACCAUGGCGCCAUGACCAAGAGGGAGUGUGAGGAGGUUCUGGGGAGGAAGAACAAGGACGGCGCGUACCUGAUCCGAGAGAGCGAGACCAUCCAGGGAGCGCUGUGUCUCUGUGUCUACAAACAGAAGGUGGUUUAUACCUACAGAAUCCUGCAGGCGCACAACGGAAACUACACCCUGCUGACAGCAGGAGGUUUGCAGGAAACAUAUUUUAAGACUCUGGGUGAUUUAAUCCGUAACUACAAGAGGAAGAACCAGGGUCUGGCCGUUCAUCUGCGCCACGCGGUGAAAAAGAAAACGCCCAUGUUGAUCCAGCCGCCGAGGAGACCAGAAACACAACCUGAAGCUUCAGCUGGAAGAUCAUCUGGAGGAUCAGCUGGAGGAUCAGCUGGAGGAUCAUCUGGAGGAUCAGCUGGAAGAACAGCUGGAGGAUCGGGUGGAGUGUGGGGCGGAGCCUGGGGCGGAGCCUGGGGCGGAGCGUCAGGCGGACACUCAUUGCAGAGAGGAGCUGCUCCUUUACCUGAAGAGGAUAAUGACUAUGAGAAUGCUCCAAAUUCAGAUUAUGUGGAAGUUAUUCCAGAUUAACUCUCAAGCAAACCUCAAACCGAAGGACAACAAAAACACAGACUGAACUUUAUUUGGGAUUAGAGAUGCUUUAUUUUUUAUACGAAGCUCUGAGGAGAUUUGUUGCAUUUGCACAAUUUCGGUUAAAAAGACUGAAAAGGUGUGUUAAUGCAGAGUGAAUUUCCUCCCAAUUGUUUCUUCUCACCUCAUUCCUGUCAGUGCAGAAGAAGAAGAAAGAGGAAGAGGAGGAGAAGUACUGCACUGAAAUGAAAAAACUUUCCAUUUAGCUUGGCAUUUUGUUUUACUCCUGUCAGUCAAAACAUUGAUAUUUAAUAUUCAUUUCAUUUUAAUAAUACAUUUUUGUGCUGUUUGUUCUGAUGUGUAUAAAAUAAACUUUACCUGAACGACAUUAAAGGGUCAUAAGCUGAAAAGCAACA